UAGUUUUGCGGCUACUGCGGUCGAGUGUUUUUGAUAGCUAAAAAAUGGCACAAUCAACAGUCGGCAAUGCAGACGAGGACAAGGAGAAACACCCCUGGCCUCAUAUUGAAAGUAUGUUUAGUUUACGAACAGUGAGAAACUGCAGUUACAUUAUGCGUUGUCUUCUGUGUCUCCCAAAACAAACUGAUAUUUCAGCGUUCAAAAACUCAACGUCUAAAUUGAGGAAACAUGUUGCGGUAAGUUUGACCUAAAUUCGGUCUUGUUAGGUUACAUGAGUCUACUCUGUGCUGAGCUUGAUCUGCCUGUAGCCUCAGAGAUAUGUUUUUAUCCACAGAGGAUUCACCCCAACAAACUCUCCAAGUACACAGAAUUACUAGAGGCCCACAGAAAACGCAAGUCCUCCUCUUUCAGUGAUACUCCUGUGAAAAAUGCAAAACUAACAGCCAUCACUGCCCCACGGCGGGUAACACAAGCAACGCUUGACAAGCUAGUGCUAAAUUUUGUGUGUGAGGCUAACCAACCAUUUUCUGUGGUUGAGACGCCAUCGUUCAAGACUAUGAUAGAAACCUUGCAACCUCUUACAGUAAUGACAAGGAAAACGUUAUGCAAAAGAAUACAGGAAGCUGCAAAACACAAGAAGAGUAUAAUCAUCAAAAAGCUGAGUGCUGUGAACUAUGGUGCAACCACAACAGACUGCUGGUCUGCCAGACAACGUAGCUACUUAGGUGUCACCUAUCACUGGAUAGACAAUACCUCACUUGAGAGGCACUUUGCUGCAUUGGCUUGUAGCAGAGGUGGAGUAUCAAGAUGUGUCUGCUAUUCUGGAUGACAACACAGGCCUUGAGUACCAACUUCCAAGGCAACAAAAGUGUGCAUGCCAUCUCCUCAAUCUUAUAUCCACAGUUGAUGCCACUGCUGCAGGAGGAGCUGCCAACGAAACGUACAAGAAGCUGUCCAGGUCUGCUUUUGCAAAAUGUCACGCUCUUUGGAAUAAAACUGGCAGGUCCACCAUGGCUCAUGAAACAAUGGAACGUGAAUGCAAGCUGCAGCUUCUCCGACCCAAUCAGACACGUUGGAGCUCCCUGUUCCUCUCUGUUGAAAGGAUUGUGCGCAUUCACCGAGAGCAAGGAGAACAAGCAACUCGCAAUGUCUGCACAGCAUUAAAGAUAAAGAUGUUCAAUCCAGCUGAAAUGGGAUUUUUGGUCGAGUAUGCUGCUGUGAUGAAGCCUGUUGCCAUGGCCCUUAAUAUCCUCCAAGGGGAAUCAUCUGUGCAUGUGGGCCUCCUGCUGCCAACACUGUACCAGUUGCAGGACAAGCUGAAGAGGCUAGAGUCAUCUUGCAAAAUGUGUACACCUCUUGUUCACGCCCUGCAGAGAGGGAUCCUGAAACGUUUUGGAGACAUCAUGAAAGACCCUGAGCUGAUUGCAGCAGCAAUACUCCUACCAAGAUUCAGAACAUCCUGGACCACAGAGGAGUACAUCUUAAAUGCUGGCCUCGACUACAUCAGAAAUCCCCUCGACACCGACUUGGGUGAUGUCACCAGUACAAACAGCAACCAGUCUGAUGAAGAUGACUUCUUUGCAUCCAUGGAGUCAGGAAAAUCUCAAGUAGGAGAGCUGGAGAGGUACCUUUCAUGUCUGUCCACUGCAGGUAUGGAUCUACUCCACACCUUUCCUCACAUCAAGAAGCUGUCACUCAAAGUCAACACGGGUCUUCCUGCAUCUGCAGCCUGUGAGAGACUUUUCAGUCAUGCAAGGACUCCUGUUCACGGCUAAACGAUCACAGCUUCAUGGCAGGAACCCUGAGAGCCAACUGCUGUUGAAGCUUAAUAGUCACAUCACUGAGUGAUUCUUUGGUGAAAAUGUUUCUUUCUGCAUUUUUUGUCACAAACGCACAGUUUCUGAGAGUUUAUGGCCUUGUUCUGCCUUAUGCUGAGCCACAUGCACAGAGUUUAUGGGCUGUCUUGUUCUAGUUCUGCCUGCUGAGCCCGGUGAAAAAGUAGAUUUAGGUUUGGAAAUUUGUGUUACUUGUGCUGUAAUUUAAGUUAUUUUGUAAAUGUUUUUGUAAAUUUUUUUUAUGUACUCUUAUUAUUUCAUUGAUUUUAUUUUUAUUGAGGUACUUGCAUUUACCUAAAGAUUAUUUUAUUUUAAGGUAUUAUUUUAUUAUUUAUGAAUUUAAUUAAUUUAUUUUCUUAUUUUAUUGAUGAGAUAAACUCUCUCUACUCUCUGUCAUUUUGUCUGAUUGAAUGCUCAAUAAAUAAAUCAGAUGUUACUCAAUAGUAACAUCUACUUGA